GGUCUCUCGUACUCCUAGAACAGACAUUGAUUGUCUUGUUGAUCUAAAGUAUAAAAAGAAAAAGAAAGAAAAAAACAAGAGAAACAACAAAUCAGAAACCAUGCAGCUCUCCAACAAGCUCUCCGUGGCCCUGAUGGCCGCUCUGGCCGUGGGUUCCGACGCCAGCACUCACGCCCGUCAUGCCCGUCACUUCCACCCUCGUGGUCUGAACGGCACUGAGCCCUCGUCCUCCUCGGCUGUCUCGUCUACUUCCAGCCUGCCGGUGUCUUCUCCCUCGUCGUCCGCUGUCUCUUCCACUGCGGUCUCGUCCACCCCCGCCUCUUCCUCGGGCGUGGCUUCCUCCACUCCCCUCUACCCCAGCUCGUCCGCCGUCGGUGCCGGUUCGUCCUCGGGCGCGGCCACCACGAGCGCCGUUCUCAGCACCGGUCUGCCCGGCUUCAGCACCGCCUCUGGCGAUGUCUCCUCCAGUGCCGGUGCUAGCGACAUCACCGUCACCUACACUCUGGGAACCGGUUCUUCUACCUCCGUGGUGACCACUACCAUCCACCGCACCUCGACCGCUGUCCACACCGUCACGGCCACCCCCACUCCCUCGGAGUCCGGCAACGGCGCGGAGUCCACCGAGUCGUCUGGCUCGACCAGCACCGCCACCCUCCUGCCCGUCACCUCCGGCAACGGCGAGGGUUGCAGCCCCACCGCUACCGUCACCGUCACUGUGACUGCCACCCCGACGGGUUCGUCUGGCGAUCACCACGGCCACGGAGGUCACGGCCACGGAGAUCACGGCUACGACCACGACGAUGAGGAUGAUGAGGAUGACGAGGGUGAUGAUGAGGAUGACGAGGGUGAUGAUGAGGAUGACGACGAGGACGAUGAUAAGGAUGAUGAUGACCACCACCACCACGGUCCCCCCCGUCCCACCGGCCGGCCCCAUCCUCCCUUCCCCGGCAAUGGCACCGUCCCCGUCCCCAGCAGCAGCAUCCCCGUCAGCAGCAGCAUCCCCAUCCCUAGCAGCAGCAGCAUCCCCAGCAGCAGCGUCGCCAAGUCCAGCGGCUUCGCGACCAGCAGCAAGGCGGCUGCCCCCACCAACUUCCGCCGUAGCAACUAAGGCGGACCCUGGUGAAGGAAACCGUUGGUCGGUCCCUCGACGGGGCGAUUCGCCCGGUCGUUCAUAUCUGAGCUUCUCUGGAGAAAUUUGAUGCGUCUAGACUUUUCGUUCUCAUCUUAUCCGAUGGGGUGAUCCUGUCGGUGGUUCUUCAAUUCUUACCGGGGUUGACCACGCCCUGGGACAGUUUAUCUUGUACCGCCUUUUUUUUAUUCUUUCAUUUCUCUUUGAGGUUCUUCUAUUCUUUUUCCUGGUGAAAUGCUGGGUGAAUUGACGCUGUGGAAGGGACGGUCCAACGCAUGACAAAAGACAAAAAGUAGCCGGGAGAAUUUAGAGUUCUUGUACAAAUGUAACGUGGUGUUUCUCUUGAUCGGUCCGUUCACUCAUUCAUUCUUUGGACGUGUACGUCACAACAUAUUACAUAUUCGAUUUUUU